AUGGCUCUCGUCCUGCCAGGAGAGAGCGUUCCUGUUCAGCAUGUCAAUCUCAAACUUGGCCCUGGUCUCCAACAAACUAUAACGCCCGAGGGUUCAAAUGUUGUUGUAUCUACUCGCGCAGGACGUCUAGAGCAUUCUAAAAAUGGCGCUAGGUGGUGGGUGGAGAGCAACGCUCGACGUUACACGCCAGCCCUCCAAGAAUCAGUAGUAGGCAUCGUAGCAGGGAAACAAGGCGAAGGGUGGAGGGUUGAUAUCGGUUCAGCUCACAAUGCCUCUCUCGACGGUCUCGCCUUCGAGGGUGCUAGCAGACGAAACAGGCCAAACCUGAAAGUCGGGUCAUUGAUCUAUGCGCGCGUAUCUCUUGCGCAUAAGGAUAUGGAGCCUGAGCUCGAAUGUUUCGAUGCUCAAACCCGGAAAGCUGAAGGAUUUGGCGAGCUGAAAGGGGGACUACUGGUACGCUGCAGCUUAAAAAUGGCGCGAAACCUUCUAGACCCCUCCUAUUUCCUGCUCUCAUUGCUUGGAUCGCACUUUCCUCUGGAUGUGGCUGUUGGGGUGAACGGCAGAGUGUGGAUUAAAGCCAAUGAAGUUAGAGACACAAUUGCUGUGACACGAUGUAUAGAGGCCGCCGAUCCUGACGAAGGUGGUCUUGAUGAGGCUGCUUUGAAGCAGUUUCUCAAAACAAUGGACCUUUGA